CCGCCUGCGCGCCCGGGGGCCCCGGCGCCCCCCGAGCGAGGGCGGCCCGCCCCGCGCGUCGCCGUUUGACAGAUGCUCGUCGCUAUGGAGUUGCCGCAGCAGCACCUUUGGGGGCUCGGACGAGCGACCGGAGGCGGAAUCUGAGCGAGCGCCCGGGCCAGCGGAGCCGGAGACGCCGGGACAUGGAUCUGAUUCCUACUGAGGACUUCACCACAUCUCCAUUCUUGGGACAGUAAACCCAGCGGCUGGACUACUUUGUUCUUGGAACUUUGGGUGUCCUCUCUUUUGACCUUUUCCACUUCCCUUUGUCUCUUUCCCUCCUGAGAACUCCUGAAAACUGUAGGAUUAUCAUGGAGUCCAGGGAAAUUUUAAGCAGCUCCCGGCAAAGAGGGAGUGAGUCGGAAUUCCUUCCAGGCUCCUCAUCCAAGUCCCCAGCAGCUCCCGGCUGUUCAGGAGAGCCCUUGAAAGGCAUCUCUGUGGGUGGAGAACGCAUGGAGCCAGAGGAGGAGGAUGAAUUGGGCUCAGGAAGAGAUGUGGAUUGCAACUCUAAUGCAGACAGUGAGAAAUGGGUGGCUGGAGAUGGCUUGGAAGAGCAAGAGUUCUCCAUCAAAGAGGCAAACUUCACUGAGGGGAGUUUGAAGCUGAAGAUUCAGACCACAAAGCGGGCUAAGAAACCCCCCAAAAACCUGGAGAACUAUAUCUGCCCACCUGAGAUUAAGAUCACCAUAAAGCAGUCUGGGGACCAGAAGGUGUCUCGUGCUGGGAAAAAUAGCAAAGCUACAAAGGAAGAAGAAAGAAACCACUCCAAAAAGAAGCUCCUCACAGCCAGUGACCUUGCAGCCAGUGACCUCAAAGCAUUUCAGACGCAGGCUUACGAGAGGCCCCAGAAACACUCAGCACUUCAUUAUGACCCAGGCCUCACACAGGGCUUCACCAGUGACACCUUAAAACCAAAGCACCAGCAAAAAAGCAGCAGCCAGAGCCACGUGGACUGGUCUUCCAACUCUGACAGUGGAUCUGCCACUCAGAAUUGUUUCAUCAGUCCAGAGACUGGCAGAGAAACUGCAAACACCAGCAAGAUCCCAGCUCUUGAACCCGUGGCUUCCUUUGCAAAGGCCCAGAAUAAGAAAGGCAGUACAGGGACUACCUGGAGUCAGUUGUCCAGCAGCAGCAAAGAUCUGCUCUUGGGAAGUGUGGUACCAUCCCCCAGCAACCACAGCUCCCCCACAAACCCUAGCAACUCUGUUGAGUGUAAUGGACUCCAGCCAUUGGGAGAUCAAGAUGGAGGAGGUACAAAGGAGCUCCCAGAACCACCCAGUACUGGUAGCAAGAAGAAGUCCAGUAAAAAGGAUGUGAUAAGUCAAACCAUACCAACCUCUGAUCUGGAUUGGGUCAAGAAUGCCCAGAAAGCAUUUGAAAACACAGAAGGAAAAAGGGAAGGCUACCCUGCUGACCAUACUCAAGACGCAUCACCAACCAGGCAGAGUGUUAGUUCCGUCAGUAAUCCUGAAAAUGAUUCCAGUCAUGUCCGGAUUACCAUCCCCAUAAAAACACCUUCUCUGGAUCCAGCCAACCAUAAGAGGAAGAAGAGGCAGUCCAUUAAAGCUGUGGUGGAAAAAAUCAUGCCGGAGAAAUCACUGGCUUCGGGGAUUGCUAUGAGCAGUGAAGUUGUUAACAGGAUACUUUCCAACUCAGAGGGAAAUAAGAAAGACCCUCGAGUCCCAAAGUUGGGUAAGAUGAUAGAAAACGAGUCACCCUCAGUUGGCCUUGAAACAGGUGGGAAUCCUGAGAAAAUUGUCCCUGGAGGUGUGUCCAAGCAAAGGAAACCAACCAUGAUCAUGACAUCACCAACACGCACAGAGCACUCUCAGUCAGGAAAGAUGCCUGAGAUCCAACACCCCAAGUUUGCUGCAAAAAGGAGGUGUAGUAAGGCAAAACCUCCGGCUAUGCUUCGAGAGGCAGUCUUAGCUACUGCUGACAAACUGAUGGUGGAGCCACCAUCUGCGUACCCCAUUACCCCAUCCAGCCCUCUAUACACCAACACGGACAGUCUGACUGUGAUCACACCAGUCAAAAAGAAGCGGGGACGACCAAAGAAGCAGCCUCUACUCACAGUGGAGACGAUUCACGAAGGUACUUCCACUAGCCCAGUCAGUCCCAUCAGCAGAGAGUUUCCUGGCACCAAGAAAAGAAAGAGGCGGCGCAAUCUCGCCAAGUUGGCCCAGUUAGUGCCAGGAGAGGAUAAACCUAUGAGUGAGAUGAAGUUUCACAAAAAGGUUGGAAAGCUUGGUGUGUUGGAUAAGAAGACCAUCAAAACGAUCAACAAGAUGAAGACACUCAAAAGGAAAAAUAUCUUAAAUCAAAUCUUGUCCUGUUCCAGCAGCAUGGCCCUAAAGGCCAAAGCUCCUCCAGAGACCAGUCCUGGGGCAGCAUCGAUUGAAAGUAAAUUGGGCAAGCAGAUUAAUGUCAGCAAGAGAGGAACCAUCUACAUCGGCAAGAAGAGGGGCAGGAAGCCAAGAACAGAGCUGCCACCCCCAUCCGAGGAACCCAAAACAGCCAUCAAGCACCCCAGGCCUGUUUCUAGCCAGCCGGAUGUUCCAGCCGUGCCUUCCAACUUUCAGUCACUCGUGGCUUCUUCACCAGCAGCUAUGCACCCCCUUUCAACACAGUUAGGCGGGUCCAAUGGCAACCUGAGCCCCGCCAGCACUGAAACCAAUUUUUCGGAAUUGAAAACUAUGCCAAACCUCCAGCCCAUCAGUGCUCUUCCAACCAAAACCCAGAAGGGGAUCCACAGUGGAACCUGGAAGCUGUCCCCACCCAGGCUGAUGGCCAACUCCCCUUCACACCUUUGCGAGAUUGGCUCGCUGAAGGAGAUCACACUGUCCCCUGUGAGUGAGUCGCACAGUGAGGAGACCAUCCCAAGUGACAGCGGCAUCGGGACAGACAACAACAGCACCUCUGACCAAGCAGAGAAGAGUUCAGAAUCCCGACGGAGGUACUCUUUUGAUUUCUGUUCCCUGGACAACCCGGAGGCCAUCCCAUCUGACACCAGCACAAAGAACCGCCAUGGCCACCGGCAGAAGCAUCUCAUUGUGGACACUUUUCUGGCCCACGAAAGCCUCAAGAAGCCAAAGCACAAGAGGAAAAGAAAAAGCCUGCAAAACCGUGAUGAUCUCCAGUUUCUGGCUGAGCUGGAAGAGCUCAUCACCAAAUUUCAAGUGUUCAGGAUCUCCCACCGGGGCUAUACUUUUUACCAUGAGAAUCCAUAUCCCAGCAUCUUUAGGAUUAACUUUGAUCACUAUUACCCGGUGCCAUAUAUCCAGUAUGACCCAUUGCUCUAUCUUCGUAGGACUUCAGACUUGAAGUCAAAGAAGAAGCGUGGUAGGCCUGCAAAAACCAAUGACACCAUGACAAAGGUGCCUUUUUUACAGGGGUUCAGCUACCCUAUUCCCAGUGGAAGUUACUAUGCACCCUAUGGAAUGCCUUACACAUCAAUGCCUAUGAUGAACCUUGGUUACUACGGUCAGUAUCCAGCUCCUCUGUACCUAUCGCACACACUUGGAGCAGCGUCCCCAUUCAUGAGGCCAACAGUGCCACCACCCCAGUUCCACACAAGUUCCCAUGUCAAGAUGUCUGGGGCAACUAAACACAAAGCCAAGCACGGAGUACACUUGCAGGGAACUGUAGGCAUGGGCCUCAGUGACAUACAGCCAUCCCUGAACCCUCCCAAGGUGAGCGGGGCCGCUCUGUCUAGCAGUAGGCUCCACAAGAGGAAACACAAACACAAGCGGAAGCACAAGGAAGACCGGAUCCUAGGGACCCACGACAAUCUGAGUGGUCUCUUUGCAGGCAAAGCCACAGGCUUCUCCAGCCACCUCCUGAGUGAGCGGCUGAACAGCGCAGACAAGGAGCUCCCGUUGGUGAGCGAGAAGGCCAAGCAUAAGGAGAGACAGAAGCAUCCGCAUGGUGAUGCCAACCACAAGGUUUCUAAGAACAACUUUGAGGUGGACACCCUGUCUACACUGUCACUUUCGGAUGCCCAGCACUGGACACAGGCUAAGGACAAAGGUGACUUGAGCAGUGAGCCUGUGGAGUCAUGUGCUAAAAGGUACUCUGGCAGCAGUGGGGAUAGCAGCAGCACGAGGUCAGAAAGUCUGGAUGUGUUCAGUGAAAUAAAUCCUUCCAGUGACAAGUGGGACAGUGACGUGAGUGGGAGUAAGAGGAGGAGCUUUGAAGGCUUUGGGACAUACAGGGAAAAGGACAUUCAGGCCUUCAAGGUGAACCGCAAGGAGAGAAGUUCCUAUGAGUCCUCCAUGUCUCCAGGAAUGCCAAGUCCCCACUUAAAAGUGGACCAGACGCCAGCACAUAAUAAGAGCGAGGGCUCAGUAUCCACCAUGAUGGCCAGGAAGAAGCCAACUGCAGUGGACAGUGUUGCAAUUCCCUCCGCCCCGGUAUUAUCUCUCCUUGCUGCAUCCGCAGCAACAUCGGAUGCAGCCAGUUCCUCCCUGAAGAAGCGAUUCAAGAGGCGGGAGAUCGAAGCCAUCCAGUGCGAAGUGCGGAAGAUGUGCCAUUACACCAAGCUUCUGUCCACCAAGAAGAACCUGGACCACGUGAACAAGAUCCUGAAGGCCAAGCGGCUGCAGAGACAAUCAAAGACGGGCAACAACUUUGUCAAGAAGAGGCGAGGUCGGCCUCGGAAGCAGCCCACCCAGUUCGAUGAGGACUCCAGAGACCAAAUGCCGGUGCUGGAAAAGUGCAUCGACCUACCCAGCAAGAGAGGCCAGAAGCCCAGCCUGAGCCCCCUUGCGCUGGAACCGGCCGCGGGCCAGGAUGCAGUGAUGGCCACCAUCGAGGCGGUCAUCCACAUGGCGCGGGAGGCGCCCCCGCUGCCCCCGCCCCCGCCCCCACCGCUGCCGCCGCCCCCGCCUCCGCCCCCGCCGCCCCCGCCGCUGCCCAAGACCGCGCGCGGCGGCGGGAAGAGGAAACACAAACCGCAGCCCCCAGCGCAGCCCGCGCAGCCCCCGCCGCAGCCUCUUCCCCAGGAAGAGGAAGUGAAGGCCAAAAGGCCGAGGAAGUCGCGCGCCAGCGAGAGCGAUGUCCUUCCCUAGGGCGGGCCUGGGUGGCGGGAUCCGGGCAGGGACUGAUGCGGGGGAGCGCAGCAGCCUGGUGGGCCCGAUGCCCAGCCACUGGGACACCCCGCCCCUCUCUGCAGCGGGUGGGCAGGAUGGGCAGAGGGCGGGUGGAGCUGUGGGGAGCUCUUGGGUAGCGAGGGCACAGGGCCCCCCCCCCCCCCCCCCCCAAAAAAAAGGCAGCUGUCUCUGCUGUACAGCGAUUCCCAACCCAGCGCCACUCCACGUGGCCGGAUCCUCACGAGCUGCAGAAGAUGGAGGAGGAGCCCAAAGCUGGUGCUCUGUGAUGGCCACCUGACCCUCCCCAUCCCAGGUGUGCCCUUGAUUCCGAUUUCAUUUGCUGGUCAGAAAAAUUAAAUGGGAAACACCGUUAGCAAACAUUCCAAGGGGGAGCAAAGCUGCAAAUUUACCAGCUGGCUUGUUGUAAGCCACUUCCACGUAAUUGGUUUUUUAUUUCCUUCGGUUUGCAAACUCGGCUAGGCUUUGGGGCACCCACAUCAUCUUCAAGUGACCCAAGAGAUGCAUCUUUCCGUUAACAACACAGUUGCUCAGAUGGGAUCUUGUGAUCAGUAGGUGGAACUGGACUGAUAGGCGACCUUAGAUCUGCGCGUGUUCCUGUCUCGUACACUGACUUUGCAUUGUCUGUUCUGCUUUUCUUUCGCGUUGUAUUUUUCAUGUAUUCCCCGUUAACUUGCUGCCUUCUAUUUUGUGGUACACGUCUAAACAAUGUGAACUUGACCCACGUUGUGAAGUGUGCUCUUGGCGUCCUGCCUCAAGGAAUCGGCUUUGAAUCUCAACCACUGGGAAACAUACUCAGUAUAGAUAGAAGCUUUUUAAUAAGUGACUCAGAGCAGCCAAGGGAUAUGUUGACCCAGGCAUCAGCCAGGUUAUUUUUAUACUUAAAACAUAUCAGUGGAGAAUAGGCAGGAUAAAACGGUUUUAAUACCCCACAGCAAGUGGAAUAACUGAUAAGCCACCAAAAAUCGAAAUCCCAUGCCCAUCAGAAAGAAAACCAUCUAGCAAUGCCUUGGUACCUGAUUAUUUUCAUGCAAAGAGCUGUCUAGGUUGUUAAGGAACAGAAACAAAGACAGUAAAGGUCCAUUAUCUUUUAAUAAUUAUUUCUUAAAAGUGAAGGGGAGUAAGUGUUCUUAUCUAAAAAAUAAAAUAAAAGUAUUGAAAGGGUAUCGCCACUCCAAUUGUAUCAAGCCACCUUGGACAAAGUAUCCAAAUUGUGGUUGCCUUAAUACACUAAAACAUUGCUGUACAUAAUGUAAUUAUAAACCUAUCAGUCUGCAUGGAUGCAAACUGUGUGUGACAAAUCGUCUUUUAAAUGGUCAGUUUCAACUGUACAUUUCUCAUCCAAGUUGUACUCUAGCCUCUGGUUUAGUGUGGACAGAUGUUCCGUCUAUCAUCCAUUUCCAAAGCCUGAGUUCGGACUUAUCCCGCUGCCGUAGAUGUUUUAAAAAGUCAGAUGUGGAAAUUUCAAAUAAGUAUUUUCAACUUUCUCCCUUACUCCUCCCCUUAACUUCUUCAAGACAUCAAAUACCUGGCAUCAUAGCUUAUAUAAAGAGAGACACAGAGAGUUUCAUUUUCUAAGGGGAAUUUGGAUAUCUGGUUUACCUCCAAAUUCAGUUCUUUACAGAAAGUUGGGACCAGCUAGGAAACUGCAUUAUCACUUCAGAACAUAGUAUCUCCUCCUCAGAGAGAGAUGGCUCUUUUGGGGGAACAUAAAUGAACAUGUGAGUAGUAUCUACUAAAGGAAAUUUGAAAUUCCCAAGUUAAUAUGCUUGUAAAUAUCACCGCUGUGUCCUGGCACAACAGUUGCUUGGAAUUACAGAGCCAUCCUAUUCUGCACUGUAGGAAUGGACUUCACGUCUUUUUGCAGCCUGCUCGGUCAGUCUCUUUUAAUCCUAGCAAUACGUAAGUUUAAAGGACUGUGCUUAUUUCAAGCUUUUAUCUGAGAUACUCAGUUUGUGACCUGGGUUGACCUAUGGCAUUUCACACAAUUUGAACAUCGAAAUCUAAACAGCCAUUUUCAAUCUGUCACUAAGGAGCCAUGGCUGAGUAGCUCCAAAGUCAAGGGGAGGAAGGUAUAGAUCAGCCCCUUUCCCCUAACCAUUCCUUCAAAAGAGCAGCCAUUUCCAUUCCAAUUAAGCCAUAAAGAGGGUUCUCUUCCUGUUAGACUUUGAAAACUGUUACUUUCUUUCCUCCUUCUUGUGGUGUACAAUCUCCCAAGCAAGUCUAUAAGCAGUCUAACCCUUCCUAUAGAGGAGAGAGCUGGUGCUUAAUAAACCUCAAGGGAGAUCCAUCAUUUAAUUGGAUUAACCUGAAAUAGGUGAUUAGCUCAAAACAAGCUUUGGUUAGAAUUUCCAACCCAAUAAAAAGAUCCCAGGAGAGAUACAAUGACCCUGCAACUUAACAACUUAAUGAAUUAGGGUGCGUUAUUUUCUGUCAGUUAAAUGUGACUCAAAUGCAAAUCCCUGAGUGCAAACUCUGAGUACUGUUUGGAAAACUAGAGGACCAAAGAGAGCCAUGAGAACAGCAGCUGACAGUGGAAGGAGCCACUCAGCCACGCAGAGGCUCCCACCACCCAAGAACUCCCUCACAGUUGCACACUUUUUUCCUCUUGUUUUUCGUGAACUUAAGUUUAUCUCAUUGAUACAACUAUGUCUGUAUUCCCUAAUAACUCCUCUAGCCUUUCCUCUGCUGCCCAGGCCCCUCCAUGAAGCAGUUCAAUUUCCACAGCUAGUUGGUUUUAGAGCCAGGAAGAGAACCCAGCUCUUGAUUCAAAGUAUGGAGGUUCUUAACCACACAACACUGCCUUCCAGGGAUGCACUUCUAUUUUGAGAGGGGUCAUUUAGGAUCCUCAAGACUCCAUUUACAGGCCCACAAAACAUUUUGUAAUGAUCCUUUGCUUUAAAUUUCUAUUUUUUCUUCUUUUCUUUUUGGAGUACUCCUUCAGCAAGUAGGCAGAGAUCCACUUACAGUAUGAGACCAAUUGGAGAUGAGAAGGUAAAACCUAGAUGCAAAAGCUCCUUGGAGGAGCUGAUGGUCUUUAAUCCACCUUACUAAGGGACUAGAAAGCCAUUUGCUUUUCGACCCCUCAUCUCAAAUGAGAGGAACAGAAGUUUAACUUCUUCAAAUAGCCCAGCUGUGGCUACCUGCCAAGGAAGAAAGGUCAGAGGAAGGGAAAGCUUGUAGGAUUGCUUUGUGACUUGGCAGGACCAGAACUCAGCAGUCACUGGCAGCCUAGCAAAGGUGACUAAGGGCUGGCAAUAGAUUAGUGCAUUAACUUGGCCGCUGUCUGCAGGGGGAGGCCAUGUUCAAUGGCAGUCAAAAUUUGUGUUCUGCACAUUGCUGUAUCUAUAAAUAUGAUAAGCAAGUGGUGACAGAAUUAUUGUAUAAGGUGAUAUAUUAUAAGCAGAUCAUAAAGGAUUUGGUUUUAGGACUUAAGUAGCAAAUCUCACUCCUGGCUUGUUACUCAACAAUAUUGAGAUAAUGAGCUUGUGGAGUGUAUUUUUCCCUGACACUAGGAAGGUUGACCUGGGAACUGUCUAAAGACUAUACAGAUAUUUCCAAAGCCUUUAAAUGCCAACUGUAGCAUAGAGAAGGAGUGGCAGGAGCCGAAAUGCCUCAAAAGCCAUUUAAGUGUUAUGUCGCAGGAUUCUCAGUCCUACUCAUUAUGUAAAAGUACAUAAAUAUAGACAUUUUUCUCAACCCUACCCUAUCGUAUCACAAUGGUCCAAAUGCCAGCGCUUACAGAUAAUGUCAUCACAGUGCCUAGAAACUCAAACUGUAAUAUACUGUAGCAUCUUCUUGGUGUUUCUUCACGUUUCUUUUCACAAAGCAAGGCUCCUUCUGCCUCGUGUUUCUAAGAGAGUUCACCCCACUGAGGAGCCUGCCUUCCCUGUUGGACUCAGUCACUUGGGGAACAGUCAUAGAAGCACAUAUCAACCAAGGAAGAAACUUCCUGGAUAUCUGUCUCCCACUUGCCCAGGUAUAAUAAACACUAAAGAGGGAGAAAUCGAAGAGCUGCCAAUUGGUCAACUUGUAAGGGUAGUUCUGCCCUGGAUUGGUGUCUUUCUUUUUCUUCCUUUUUUAAAAAAAGAAAUCUAUUUCUUAAAUAAUAAUAAAUGCACAUGAUGUGUUAAAUAUGUACAUAUAUAUUUCAAAAAAAUGGGCACAAGAUUGUCUUACAAGUCCUUCUGGCUAAUUUUUAGUUUGUAUUCAUAAGUGGUUUUUAAAAGCCUUUUUUAAAGUGUAAUUUGCAUGUUCUACUUUGAUUGUAUGUAAACAUAUUUUAGAACAAAAAUGUAUUUGUAUUUUAUUGAAUAUAGAGGCAAGAAAAUUGUACAUUGUUUGAAAUGUUCUUUUUGUAACAGUUUUUAUUCAUAAAGCAUUUUUGUACAUUUAAAUGAACAUGGACUUGCUGUCAUUUGAGGCGUAGCGACAUCUGGCAUGCUUUACUGUCAUGCUCUCCCAUGGUCUUAGAUGUUGGGUUUUAAACAUUUUUUUCUAAAAGAAAGCUCAGUCUCUUUCGCUACCAGAUCAGGUUAGCACAGUACAGAGCACUUAACUAUUAAAAAAAAAAAAGUUGAUCCUAUUCAUAUGUUAUUCAUUGUGUGAAAUUAAAGACAUUCAAU